UUAAAGUGUCCAAGCUUGAGACAAACUACUCCCAAUUCCUACCUGGAGAAAAUGACUAUCUCUUUUGUUUCUUUCUCCACCCCAGCUCUUACCCCCUACCCUCUUAUCCCGACUCCUCCCCAGCAUGGCUCCCUAUCCCUUCCUUGCCCUCCUCGUCUCCUUCCUCCGUUUCGUAGCCGUGGCCCCUUCCGAGACGCACUAUCAGCAGGGAUCGAAAGUCAUGCUUUACGUCAAUAAAGUGGGACCUUACCACAACCCCCAAGAGACCUACCAUUACUACCAGCUCCCGGUCUGCUCGCCGACCCCCAUCCGCCACAAAAGCUUGACCUUGGGGGAAGUUCUGAACGGGGACCGCAUGGCCGAAUCCAUGUACGAGAUCCACUUCCGGCAAAACGUGGACAAGAAGAUCCUUUGUCAGAAGAAGCUCUCCCCGGAUGAGGUCGAGCGUCUCCGCCAGGCCAUCGAGGAACUCUACUACUUCGAAUUUGUGGUGGACGACUUACCGCUCCGCGGCUUUGUGGGCUACAUGGAGGAGAGCGGCUUCCUGCCCCACACCCACAAGAUCGGGCUCUGGACCCACUUGGACUUCUACCUGGAGUGGAACGGCGACCGCAUCGUCUACGCCAACGUCAGCGUCCGUAACGUGAAGCCCACCAGCUUGGACGAUAUGCAGGGCGUGCUGCCCGUCGCUUACACCUACAGCGUCCAUUGGUCGGAGACCAGCGCGGAGCGUCAGGGGGAACGCCGGGGAAGUCACAACGGGGACGACGGCUUCUUCCCUCACACCUUGGAGAUCCACUGGCUCUCCAUCAUCAAUUCCAUGGUGCUGGUGUUUCUGCUGGUGGGCUUUGUGGUCGUCAUCCUCAUGCGGGUUCUCAAGAAUGACCUGGCCCGCUACAACCUGGAUGAGGAGGCCUCUUCGUCCUCCUCAGGAGAUGACUUCGAUCAAGGGGACAACGGGUGGAAGAUCAUCCACACGGACGUCUUCAGGUUUCCAUCCUACCGCAGCCUCCUCUGCGCCGUGUUGGGCGUGGGCAGCCAGUUCCUGGCCUUGGGUACCGGCAUCAUCGUGAUGGCCCUGUUGGGCAUGUUCAACGUUCACCGACAUGGGGCCAUCAACUCAGCCGCCAUCCUCCUCUACGCCCUGACUUGCUGUAUCUCCGGUUAUGUGUCCAGCAACUUUUAUCGCCAGAUCGGCGGCGAGCGAUGGGUCUGGAAUAUACUGCUGACCACCAGCCUUUUCUCCGCUCCUUUCUUCCUGACUUGGAGCGUGGUGAAUUCCGUCCAUUGGGCCAAUGGGUCCACCCAGGCUCUGCCGGUCACCACCAUCUUCCUGCUGCUGACGGUCUGGCUGCUGGUGGGCUUCCCGCUGACGGUCAUCGGCGGCAUCUUUGGCAAGAAUCGGGCCACGCCCUUCGACGCCCCCUGUCGCACCAAGAACAUCGCCCGGGAAAUCCCUCCCCAGCCCUGGUACAAGUCCACGGUGGUGCAUAUGACUAUCGGAGGGUUCCUUCCCUUCAGUGCGAUUUCGGUGGAGCUCUACUACAUCUUCGCCACCGUCUGGGGCCGGGAGCAGUACACCCUGUACGGCAUCCUCUUCUUCGUCUUCGCCAUCUUGCUGAGCGUCGGGGCCUGCAUCUCCAUCGCCCUCACCUACUUCCAGCUCUCGGGCGAGGACUACCGCUGGUGGUGGCGUUCCAUCCUGAGCGCGGGCUCUACCGGCCUCUUCAUCUUCCUCUACUCCGUCUUCUACUACACCCGUCGCUCCAACAUGUCCGGCACGGUGCAGACGGUGGAGUUUUUCGGCUACUCGCUGCUGACGGGCUUCGUCUUCUUCCUCAUGCUGGGCACCAUCUCCUUCUUCGCUUCCCUCAAGUUCAUCCGUUACAUCUACGUCAACCUGAAGAUGGACUGAGCGGCCCCUUUUUCGUGGCUCCUCGUGGCUCGGGCGGACGUGGUCGGUCCACGGUCCUCCACACCUUUCCAGCUGGCAUCUCCGCCGAGCUCCAGUGGGGGGGGAAAACAACAUCGGCUAUUUAUGAUUGGUUCCUUUCUCGGCUGGCGUUUGGGAGGGCGUCCCCCGCUUACCGUCGUGGCCCUCGCUCAGCGGCCACCAAAGCGGGACAGGAGCAGCCUUACAUUCUCUCCUGCUGGUCAGGACAAGUCGCCAAUCGGCGAUCCUCCGACGAGUCGAGUCUAGCCAAUCAAAUACCUUCCUCCCUUUUACCUUUUUAAAGUGAAAACUGCCUUGAAUUCGAUUGUUCGGGUUUUUUUUCUUCUUGGCAAUUGGUAGAAACGGGAACCUUUUAAGAUUUUUCCAUUUUUCCCGGCUGACAAUAUGAGCAGCCCAACAGAUUAGAAGCUACAAUGCUUUCACACACAUAUCCCUAGAUUAUUUUUAUUAUUCUUUUCCCCCCUGCUGACUGUAUCCUCAGUUCAACGAAUAGAAGCUUCAUUUAGUUCACCACACCUAUUCCUAGAUAUUUAAUUAUUUUUCUCCUGUUGAUUAUCAAAUCCCAAGAUAUUUUUAUCAUUAUUUUCCCCUGCUGACUGUAUCCUCAGUUCAACGGCUAGAAACUGCAUUUAGUUCACCACACCUAAUUCCUAGAUAUUUCAAUAUUUUUUCCCCCUGUUGCUUAUCAGUUAGAAGCUACCUUUCGUUCAAUAUACACAUUUCUGGAUAUUUUAUUAUUAUUUUUUUCAUCAGUUCAACAGAUAGAAGCGACAACUGGCUCAAACACUUAUUUCUACACAUAUUUUUUUGUUUCAUUUCCCCUCCAUUAUCUAAUCAGUUCGAUGGAUUAAAAACUACACAGAUUCCUAAAUAUUUUAUUUUAUUUUUCCCCCGCUGAUUAUCUGAUUGCUUGGUCCGAUACACAUUUCUAAAUAUUUUAUUAUUCUUUUCCCUGCUGAUUGUAUCAUCAGUUCAAACGGAUAGAAGCUGCAACAGGUGCGACGCACGUUUCUAGAUAUUUUAUUAUUUUUACCCCCCGCUAUUUUUUAAAAUGAUUAUUAUUUUUUAUCACCCUAUAAUCAGUUCAACAGGUAAAAAAAACUACAUUCGGUUCAACACACGUCCCUUUCUUCUAAUGCAUUCCCUCUUUCCCCCAGACCAUUCAGAAAACGUGAAAAUAUUUUCAUCUCGUUUUCCCCUUUUUUAUUUUUUCCAGAGUUCUUGUUCAGGUUUCAGGAAGAGAUCCCAGCCAACCAUAAACAGGCAUUUUCAAACCUGAAAUAACAUAGAGAGAGAGAAAGGAUCAACAGGCUGAUGUCACACAGGUCAAACUAGAUCCCAAUAAGCCAAGCGACGGGUUCGAAGUGCGGGAUUCGGGAGAAAUUGGCUUGUUUGGGGCAAACCUUAACCCUUAGGGGAGCUGAUACCAUCCAGAAUAUUUUGAGUUUCAUACUGUUAGGGCGGAUGGGAAUUGUAGUCCCGGAGCAACAGAGAUUUCCUUCAACCAGGUACCGUUUUUGGCAAACGGAAAUAAAAACCGCGCUUUCUCACGACGGAGGAAGUUGGGAGAUUCCCGUGAAAUUUGAGGGGGAGGGGGGGCUGCAUCCAAAUCAUAAUUAACCUGAUUACUUCACACCCGUCUCAUCGGUGAUUUACCCUUGAUAAAUAAAUAAAUAAAAUAAUAAAUAAAUAAAUAAAAUUCACUUAUUCCGUGCAACUUUUUAAGGGUUCAUCGAUGAGAUGGGUGGAAGGAAUCGAGAGAAUUAUAUUCAGGGAUCUAUACAAAGGAUUUGGGGGGCAAUGUUUGUUUUUUUUUCAAAUUUGGGAAGGGUAAGUUGGGUGGGACUUCAACUCCCAGAAUUCCCCAGCCAGCUUUAAGCUGGCUGGGGAAUUCUGGGAGUUGAAGUCCCGUCCAUCUUACCCUUCCCAAGUUUGAAAAACUCUGGUGGAUCUCUGUUGUUGAAUCUGGUAAAUGAGAUCAUUUGUCCUCAAUCCUGCAAAUUUUUCACUCUAUUCCCGCCAAAAUAUUUUCCUCCUUCUUCCCCUCCUUUGUACAAUAGUCACCAGGUGUCCCUCAUACAGGUGAGAGCCAUCCUCCCCAUCUCUUCCCCACCUGGCUGAAGAAAAUAUAUAUUAUAUUAAGUGGGGGUGGGGAGGGAAAGAAAUAUAUAUAAGGAAUUAUGUAUAUUAGCAAAGGGUUGAAGUUGAAGUUGGAUUAUUUUUUAAUUUGACAUCUCGGUUUCGCGUUUCUUUUUACAGAUCUUGAAGUUAAAUUUUAUUAAUAAAAAGGAAAUGGAAAAAAAAAAA